CGCUCUCUUCCUAGGCCGUCACUGACUGAGGCCAUGUUCAGUACCAGCGCUAAAAUCGUGAAGCCCAAUGGCGAAAAGCCCGACGAGUUCGAGUCGGGCAUUUCCCAGGCUCUUCUGGAGUUGGAGAUGAAUUCUGACUUGAAGGCUCAGCUGAGAGAGCUUAAUAUCACUGCUGCUAAGGAAAUUGAAGUUGGUGGUGGCAGGAAAGCUAUCAUCAUCUUUGUGCCAGUGCCUCAGCUGAAAUCUUUCCAGAAGAUCCAGGUUCGGCUUGUACGAGAGCUGGAGAAGAAAUUCAGUGGGAAACACGUAGUCUUCAUUGCCCAGAGGAGAAUUCUGCCCAAACCAACAAGAAAAAGCCGCACAAAGAACAAGCAGAAGCGUCCCAGGAGCCGUACACUGACUGCAGUGCAUGAUGCCAUCCUUGAAGACCUGGUCUUUCCAAGUGAAAUUGUUGGCAAGAGGAUCCGUGUGAAACUGGACAGCAGCCGACUCAUUAAGGUUCACCUUGACAAGGCCCAGCAAAACAAUGUUGAACACAAAGUUGAGACCUUCUCUGGUGUCUACAAGAAGCUCACAGGCAAAGAUGUUGUAUUUGAGUUCCCAGAGUUCCAGCUGUAAAGUGAUGACGACUAAAUAAAUUUAUUGUCAUGUU